GCGAUGCAGAGUUCAGCCUGAGAAGAAGAAGUUCCCGUGGAGGACCAUCUCCUGGCUGUGACAGCAGAAUGAAGCUGCUUCAGUUCCUCUGCAUCCUCCAGCUGAGCUCUCUGUCUCCAGCUCUUCUUGAUGCUUCCACUCCAGAUCGUGGGGUCCAAGUGGCACCUGAAGACAUGGACGACGACCCUUAUGUUCAUCACCUCGGCAGCACAUGCAGGUGGACUCUCAGGAUGCCUGGAGACAGGAGUGGGGAGGCGGUUCCACUCCCACCGGACUUUUUAGACACUCUGACUGAGUGGAUCUGCCAGGACCUUAAAUGUGGAAGAGUGUAUUCUGUGAAUAAAUUCAACCUGCCUCCCAAAGACAAGUGCUUCCAGGACUGUGUGUAUCAGGACCAGCGUCUACAGAACUGCUCAGAGACGUUUACUCCAGGAUGCAUCGCGCUCACAGAAGUGGUUUGUGGUCAUCAGUCUGUUCGGCUGAAGGGACACGAGGAUCAGUGUGCCGGGCGGGUGGAGGUAUGGAAGGACGGGAACUGGGGCACGGUGUGUGACGACAGAUGGGACCUGAAUAAUGGCGACGUGGUUUGCGAACAGCUGGACUGUGGGGUCGCUCUGAGGGUGACGGGUCAGAAUGGAUUGUUCCCUCCAGGGAGCGGACCGAUUCACCUAGAAGAGCUGAACUGCACCGGGAACGAGCAGAACCUGUGGUUCUGUCCGGGUGUCCAGGAAAACUCCAUCUGUGGACACAAAGAGGAUGCCGGUGUGGUGUGUUCAGAUUCAAAGGCGUUUUUUGGAGAAACCACAGAAGGUGUGACUGAGUUGAUGACCACAGCUCGUCCCGUCGGCGUUCUGUCGCCUGAACGUCUCAGCAUGGUGGUUCUGGCUCUUGGCCUGCUUGUUUUUGCCAUCUUGAAUUUGGUUCUCUGCUGCCUUUACAGGCGACGGCACGUCUUGCUCCUGCAGCAGACUCGCUCCAAGCAGGCGGGGCCCAGCGAUCCUCCUCAGAACCUCUACAAGGUGAACCAGAACCUGGUGAGAGCCGGAACCGACCCGCUGCAGGCCACCGUCCCGUCCGAGUCCAGGACCGUGUGGAGCCGGACCAGGAGAGCGGACAGCGGUCCGGGAGACCCGGACUGUGAGCCGUCUGUCAGGAUGUCCACCUUUCACAAUUCUCAGAGAUACAGAACAGACCUAAAGCCUUCAGCUCUCAGCAGCCUGAGUGAGGAAGGCUCCGGCGCAGCCGCAGACGGUCGAACAUCCGGGAUCUCGGAGGAUUCCUUUGACUCGUCCAGCACCUCGUCUGGCGAAUGCUACGAAAACGUGACUCCCAGCCAGAACCCGACCCGGUCAGUGACAUCAGAACCGGGUCAGAACCGGGCUGGGAGCCCGCCACCCUACACAAACACUGGUUUCCAGUUUGCGCUGAGAGGGAAGGGGGCGGAGCCAAGCUCAGGUGAUGAUGAAGAUGAGGAUGAUUAUUGUCCUGUGAGCCCAGACUGAAAGCCUUCAUCUGAUGAUGAUGAUGAUGAUGAUGAUGAUGAUGAAGACCUCCCCCCAGGAACAUUCAUGGAUUCAUCUUCAGAUUGUUCGUUUUUUUAUUCCUGACCACAAAUUGGAUCAAACUUUGGUCCAAUCAGCAGAGAGGAGCAAACUGAGCGCUCAGUGAGUCAGGAGGCGGAGCCAGUCCGGCAGCCAUGUUGAAGGACAGUUGGGUUUCAUGGUUGGUGGAAAACGGCCGUCUGCAGCUCAGAGUCACAUUUGAAUCAGGAUUUAUUUACUGUCCAAUGAUUUGAACUCUUGUUUCAGAUCCCAUCAACUUCUUUUCAUUGUUUUGAACGUCUCAGAUUUUUAGCAGAAUCUCCUUUGGUCAUUUUCUCAUCAAAGCUUUUCUCCAUCUGAAAUGUUUCAUGUUUAACUGUUUUGCUUACAGGUGAUGACACUUUAAAACAUAUUCAGUGGAUUUGAUUUUAUUCUUUUAAAUCAUGCAAACUCCUCAGCUCAAAAUAAAAGGUUCAAAACUCAAAAU